GCAAGCAUUCUUCUGUGGAUUGUGGUAAGAUAGUCACCUAGAUACUAAUGGAGCAGUCAUUGUGGUUCGAGGAAGCCAUCGAGAGGAUGAAGGAGAAGCUCUUCUCUCCAUCAGCCGACCUGUAUGCCUUCGUACCAGUAUCUGCAUAUGAAACGGCAUGGGUCGCCAUGGUGCCAGACCCAGAUGACCCAACCCACCCGAUGUUCCCGGAGUAUUUGACCUGGAUUCUACGCAACCAAAAUGAUCUGGGCUUCUGGUUUGAUCAACAACAUGGUAUUAAUAUUGAUUAUCAUGAGCAUAUAAAUUAUAAGCAUCAAUGGAGCAAUGAUGAUCUUUUGGCCACUCUUGCUUGCUUAAUUGCUCUAAAGACUUGGGAUAGCAUUGGUUUCUCUCACAAAAUAAACAAAGGAUUAAAAUUUCUCCAAGGCUGCAUGGAGAAGGAAUUGAUAAAUAUGAGAAAUAGCAAUGAUGAUGGUGAUGAAGCUGGGCAUGCUCUUCUUCAUAGGUGGUUUUUGAUGGCUAAGCUUGCAAAAGCAAAAGGCUUGAAAGUCUUUCCUACUGAACAGAGCAACAAUGGAGUUUUUUAUGACUUUCAAUUGAAUGGAAUAAAGCUUGAAAAAGAAGAGGCUGAUGAGAGAGUUCUGAUGAGAGAGAUCGCAUUUAAAAACCGCAGCUCGGCACUACUCUGUCGAUCACCAUCGGUGACCGCUUGUGCUUACAUGAUUACUGGAAACCAGACUUACAAAACUUAUCUUGAACACUUGCUUGCCGAUUGCCAACAUGGAGUUCCUCCAAUAUACUUAGAGGACAAAGAUGUUAUAAAGCUUUGUGUGGUUGAUCACUUGGAGAGGCUUGGAUGUGCAGAGCAUUUCUCCGAAGAAAUCAGUAAUGUCAUGGAUCACCUACAUAGAAAAUGGAUUGCAGAAGAAUCAAAAGUCCCACAGAAAGAUGAUGAUGCGUUUCAAAUAUACAAAGACUCCUUAGCUUUUCGACUAUUAAGGAUGCAUGGCUAUCAAGUUUCUCCAAGGAGAUUUUGUUGGUUCAUUGAUGAUGAGAAAAAUCUAUCAUAUAUGAAAGAUAAUUAUGCCUUCUUUUUAAGCCCCAUGCUUAGUAUUUACAAAGCAUCACAUAUUGCAUUUCCUGAGGAUUAUGAACUUGAUAAGGCUGGAGCAUUCUCUCGACAAAUCUUGCAGAUGGGAAUCUUGAGCAUGAAAUCUGAGAAUGAAUCUAAUACUUUAGCUAGAUCAACUAAAUUUGAACAAGAGAUUGAGCAUGAGUUGGGGCUUAAAUGGCUAGCUCGAAUGGAUCAUUUGGAGCACAGGUUGUACAUUGAAAGAGGAGGGAUCUAUCACUUUUGGAUUGGAAAGAAUGCUCCAUGCUGCAUCUUAAGAAAUGAUGAUCUCCUCCAACUUGCCACUAAUAAUUUUAUGAUGAGACAAUUGGUGUACAGGAAGGAGCUCAAUGAGUUGCAUAGGUGGUCCAAACAUACUGGCCUCUUCACGAUGGGAUUUGGUAGGGAGAAGACAACGUAUUGCUAUUUUGCCAUUGCUUCAGCAAUUUGCCUUCCUCUCAACACAGAGUCAAGAAAGGAAGCAGCCAAAUGUGCAACUUUUUUUACAGUUGCAGAUGAUUUCUUUGAUGAGAAAGGCUCAUUACAUGAUUUAUCCAUACUAACAGAUUCAUUGCAAAGAUGGGAGGGAAAAGCUCUAACAAGCCAUAGUAAAAUUAUUUUCACCGUCCUCAAUGAUCUAGUUCAUGAUAUUUCUGUGAAGUCCUUCAAGCAACAUGGUCAUAAUGUGAAGAAAAUUCUACAAGAUGCUUGGAAAGAUAUAUUCAUAUCAUGGCUAAAAGAAGUAGAGUGGAGCAAAAAUUCUCAUUAUCCAUCAAUUGAUGAGUAUAUUGAAAAUGCAAAGACUUCGGUUGCUGUUGAAAUGAUUCUUCUUCCAAAAUGUUAUUUGACAAAGCCAAAAGUCUCCCUUCAAGAGAGUUCUUGGAAUUUUAGAAGUGCUAUAAUUACCAAAUCUCUUGAGGUUUUAUGCCGCUUAUUGAAUGACUUAGAGAGCUACGAGAGAGAAGCUAAAGCUGGAGAACCAAAUAUAGUUCUCUUACACCUGAUGCAGAAUCCAAAAGCCAAAAUUGAUGAUGUCGUUGCUAUCAUAAAGAACACUUUGAAAAUGAAGGAAAAAGAAUUUCUUCAAUUGGUGAUGUCCAAGGAUUCUGAGUCUGAUAUGCCUACAGAGUGGAAAAUGAUGCAUCUAUCAUGCUUAAAGAUUUUCCAGAUGUUCUACAACUCUGAGAACUCAUUUGACUCGCCAACUGCACUGCUUGACAAUAUUAACAAGGCUAUCUAUGAACCAUUAUUGGUGAAGAAAACAAUAAGCCAACCUGCAGAUUUUAUUAUCAAGGAAUUAAAAAAGAUAAAUACUAAAGCUCCAUACACAAAAGUGAAGCUUAGCAGAGCUAGCAACAAACAUACACUAUUAUCAAUUGAUUCAAACAAAUGGCUAUAUCCAAGAGCCAAAAAACAAUUUCACAAACUAUCUUUUGCUUGUUCUUUCAGGGCAUACAAUACUGCAAUCAACAAAUGUUUGCUUUAAAAGUAAUAGCUAUGGGAGCAUAUUUUGAAGCUAGAGCAAAUGAAGGGAGAAAGAAGACAAGUAGCUAUGCACUGUAUAUUCACAUUAUUAUUGUGCUAUGUUUGUAUCUCUCUUUGGCAAUUGAUUACCUUAUUGUUUAAUCUUCCAUUUUCUCUAGAUUACUAGAGUUACAUAGCUCAAAAAAUGUUCCCUACAAUGUUCAUGAAAUAUUCCUAUCGUGGUAUCAAAGAAGGGGAAAAAAAUAUAAAAUUUGGAUCAAAUAAGAGCCUGAUCAUAUUUUAGUUAUGUACUUAUGUUGUCUCAAUGAAAAUUUUGAUUUUUUUUAA